AAGGCGCUCUAAGCGAAUAAUGUGCGACGUCACUUCCUGUUGAUGUUUGAACUGUUUUCAAACAGACAGAGCGUAGCUAACUCCUCCCCCUCCCCCUCCCUUCCGUGCUUUCAUGAACUCGCCCAACCCCCACCCCCAAAUCCUUCUUGCCGUUUAUUGGCUGGAAUACUUUGUUUUGUUUUGUGCUGGCUAGGUUUGGCCAUUUGUUGAUAUUGCCGUUUGUGAAGCCUGGGCUAUCUACAGAGAUCGCGUUUUUUUACAGUUUGAUCAGCGGACAGGCAGCAAGCAGAUAGUGAGGAGAUGUUUCCGGUAUGUAACAAAAAAAUUUUUAUGGUCUAAAACGCUUCAAUUCGCUUAGAGCACCUUUAAGUUAAACUUAAAAAUAAAAUGCCACUAAUAAUCCAAGUAAAGCUUUUACUUGUUUUACUUGAAAUGUUGCGCUUUUAAAAAUCUGUUUGGAAAGUUUUAUGACUUGUUAUGACCAACUGAUGUCAGUGUGCUGUGACAACCCAUGUAAAAACCACAGUUUGUCCAUCGCUGCUUGACAUCCUGUUAGAUUUUUUUUUAAGUGUGCAGGUGCAUCAGCACGCAGUACUUGAACAUUCAAAAAAUAUGAAGGGCCUGUUUGUAUUGCUUCUAGCUCAGGUAAGUGCGCAGCUUCAGUGUGAUAAAACAAUGAUUGACACCACAAUUGGAGGCACAUUCACUAUUGUCUGCACCUACAAAACAAACCAGUUUAGAUUUAAUAAGAAGUACUGGUGUGUUGGAGACUCAAGAGCCUCAUGCGAGGUGCUGAUGGACACAGAUGGAUUUUCUCUGCCUAACUACAGAAAACGUGCUCAGAUCGUUGAUGACGUUUCUAGAGGAUUGAUUGUUUUUGUUAAAGAUUUACAGCUGGAUGAUACUGGAAUCCAUUGGGUCGGUAUUGACAAAAUCUAUGCUGAUAUAAUGUUAAGGAUCCAAGUUACUGUAAGAAAAGAAAAUGUAAUGAAACCAAACGUGUGGCCUCUCAGCUCCCUCGAGAUGACAUGUUUGGGACAACCUGUUACAUUUCGCUGUAGGAGUGAGAGAGGAACGGAUGUGCAGUACACCUGGUACAGAGUAGGACAUCCCAACAACAUUGUCCUGGACCAAACUCCUGAUUUUCAGUUCCACUGUUCAAACAGCACUGAAAACGAUCAGUUUUUCUGCUCUGCUUAUAAUGAUGUCAGCAAUCAGAACAGUGAAUGGAUUUCUGUGCAAAAUCUGCAGCCUGCAAACAUUGACUGUAUGUAUCUCAUCACAUCAAAGAUUCUCAGUAGUUAUGAGUGUAUUAGAAGCACAACAUCGCCCUCAACAACUAUCCAAGAUAAACUCUGGAGCUCCACAACGGCCUCUUACUCCGGAAGUCAAAAUCAAACAAUGUAUGUUAAUCAAACCUGCUUAACAGAAACCUAUUUUUUAUGGUCUGGUUUGCCACUGUGGUAUGAGUGUCUUCGUUGGGUUCUCUGUUCAGUUAUGAUCACUGCCGUAUGUGUAUUGCACAUCUGCACAAAAUCAAGAUCCAGAAGGCUCAAGGUUCAGGACAAACACCAUAAAAACAUCUGACUCAGAACCACGAUCUGGGCUUCCUUAUGAUUGUCUCUGUAUGGACUGCAUGUACACAUACUCUCUAUUCUAAGGGUGUUAAACUUCAUGAUAAAAGAAAUUACAGGCACACAUGAGGUCAUUUACACUAAAAGCAUCACUUUGUUACAUAUCAUCAUCAAAUUGUUUAUGUUUCACUAAAAAACGAAUAAGUUUUGCGUGAAAACUAUAUCUUUCUUUUGUAACUCUAAACAAACAACAGACUAUACUUGAGGGACUAUAGUUUGAAUCGGAAAGUGAGUGUAUAAGACCAAAUGCCAUCUGAAAGCCACAAUAUGUUCAACCUUACAUCCUGUUUAAUUUUAAACAACUUGUUGUGGUGCACAACACCAACACAUGCAUGUAUACAAAAAAACAUUAAGAUCCUGUCCAUUCUACAACAACUGACUUAUUUUAUGUAUUUCUAUGUGAAAAAUGUUUUUUUCCUGUUUAUCUGUCUUCAUUUACAUUGUUUCUUUGAAAUGUACUCAGUAAAUCUAUUUUUAAAAGAUGCUGUCAAAUAUACGGAUGUAUUUCAUAACUAUAUGUGAAUGGUAUAGUUCAGAGGCUACACCCAAUGUAAUAUUUUCAAAUAAUUUAAAGGACCGGAGUCAAUUAUUCCAUGGUUGCCACAAACAUUACCCUGGUGGUUAUUUUAAGACAUUUGACAGGUUAGGUGUGCGGUUUACAGAAAAAAAUCAACCCCCAUGAAACA